UCUGGUAGCAAAGUUAAAAAUUAAAGAGUGGCUAUAGUCACUGCGGCCGUUGAAUGAACGUCUUUCGACGUUGGUACGUUGAAGUCACUAGCGUAAAUUCUUGAUAAAACAUCGACAGUACUUUGCUUUUCAAAGUAGUUGAUACUAAAUGUUCUGUACUUAAAUACAAUAUAUUUGGGAAGCAAAGAUAAAUUGCUGAAAGGAAGCCAAUUGAAAUUCAGACACGCAAAUCACAAUACAGUUACUCUAUAAUGUGUAUGUGUAUCAUGAGUUCGUUUUCUGAAAACGAGAAAAGCCUUAACAAAGUUUGACAGUUAACAGUCUUGCUCUCUGAGGAACGGUUUGACACUGACCCAUUGAAAUUUUAAAAUUAUGUGCAUGAACGUAUUUAACAGUAGAUUUAUUAAAAGAAAGAUGAUAUAACAUGUCAUUCAUAUUCUUUUAAAUAACUAAUAUGACGUUACUAUAAUAAUUAUAAACCGACCUCGUUGGUCAUGGAUGACGGUCUUAUUCACAUUUUUCAAAUACUUGAAUUGUAAAGGUCAGUGUUUCGUGCACAAUUAAUAACUUGAUAACAGUUACACAAUGGCUUCUGCUAUGGAGCAACAACAGCAGCAGCAGCAGCAGCAGCAGCAACAGCAACAGCAACAACAGCAACAACAGCAGCAAACUACUUUAGAAUUUUAUCAAGCGAUGGCUGAUUUUAAAAACAUGUUCCCACAAAUGGACGAUGAUGUGAUAGAAGCUGUAUUAAGAUCUAAUCAAGGAGCUGUCGAUACAACCAUCGAUCAGUUACUUACUAUGAGUACAGACAAUGAAAAUGAAAAGAUUAGAAGCGAAUUAGAACAAAGCGAAAAGUCACCGGGUACCUCGAAACUGUCGACAAUAGAUACAAACGUAUCGUUAAAAAGCAUACGCAAAUGGCAACCCGCUAUGUUAGGGCCAUUACCAGAUACAUUCCUUAGAGUUUCUCAACAAGUUCCAGAGGACAGUUUGGACACGUCGUACUUACAGGAAAAUUCAAUGUUAGAAGACGAGAGAAUCGCUAUGUUUCUUCAAAACGAAGAAUUCAUGGCCGAACUACGUUGGAACGAAGAUUUUUUGUCAACCUUGGAAAAUGAUACUAAAAUCCAAGGAACAAAUCUAGAGAAAUGCACCGGUCACAUCAAUCACGACGAUGAAGAUCUGUUUAAAGAAAGAUUAAAGAAUAUGGGAAAAAUGUCUCGACGUAAGUUUGCGCAACUUACCAAAGUGUUUACACGCAGUAAAAAACGUGGAGGUAGACAGUUAUUACCUCCGACGGCUUCUUGUGAUGAUUUAUUGGAUCCCGAGGGGUCGUCUAGAUCUCAGCCUUAAAAAUUUGACGAGUCCCCUUGUUUUCUCAGAAAAUAAUUUCAGUAAAUGAUACUUAUAAUAAUGUGUCGUCCAGAAGUAAAAAAAAAAGCAUAUCCACAUUAAUAAUUGAAUGGAAACUUACAAGAAAAAUUUAGAUUGAAAUAGUUAUACCUAUACAGAUUGUCUGAAGCUAAAAGUAGGAAAGUCUUAUGUCUUGAACAAUGAUUAAUUACGUCGAUACUUAUCGAGUUGUCUAAAUAACUCGAUUCAAAAGCUUAGAAAGAUCAAAAAGCAGAAUAUGUGAAUAACACUACUAGAUAUUAUAAAAGGAAAAAAAAAAAA